AUGAUGAGUCCCGCCCAAGAUAAACUGCACCACCAGCACCAUCAUCAUAACCCCUCUUCGUCGUCUUCCAAGAUGGCUAACGUUUAUCAGGUUACGACGCCAAAAUCUCCUCAGGAUUUGGACAACAAUAUGGACGAGCCCUUCAAAAUGGGCACCGCCACUGGUAAUGCGGACAAGGACAGUGAAAAUACCCAGCGGUUGAAGUACGAGUGCGCCAAGGGGGAGAUACUGAAUGUUCUGAAUCUGCAUAUAAUGCUCAAUCACAAGCAUAUCGGGCACUUGCGAAGAAAUGUCCAAAGGGUUAACGCAAAACUAGCUCUCUUGGAAACCCUGCAUAACGAUACUAGCUUAUUGAACAAAAUCGAACGGACAUAUCAACUUAAAAUAAAGCAACAGCAACAGCAUAGCGCCCUCAGCGGCCACCCUCAUUACAGUAUGGGUAUGGAAAAUACAAACGCAUCAGAUUAUAACUUAUCAUACCCGGCUCUAUCGGAUUAUAACAUCAAUUGUCAGCCCCUGUCCUCAAGCAGCAACUCAAAUAUGUCGACAACGCGCAUACCUCACCAUCACUAUCAUACCAGAAGCAAGAGUAAUGGGCUCCUUUUGGAGCCUUCUGCCCUCCGUCCGGCAAACUCGAAUAUAAUUGACUACAGACUGACAGGUUCUAAAUCCCUAUCGGAAGCUAUAACCAAGCCCACUCUCGUCUCCUUGCCUCACACCAAAUCGGAUGGUACUUCCUCGCCUCGUUCCUCUUCAAUAUCCCCCUUAGACGAGCAGCCAGGGUUUCAAAUACUCCCCUUUAAACCAAGCCAGAUGCACCUUAACCACAGACGUAAUUACAGUAGCACCUGCUUGACGAGCAAUAGCGGUAUCAUUGGUAAGACCGAAGAUAAUGAGCCCAUUUUCAGGAGAUACGACGGAAUUCUGGUUAUAAUUACAUGCUCCAAAUGCGACCGUUCUGGCUUCACUUCCGCGCAAGGUAUCGUCAACCAUACCCGACUAAAGCAUUCCAAACUAUAUUCGAGCCAACCGUUGGCCGUUUUAAACAACCAAAAACUACUUCCUAAUGAUAAACAAGAUCCGGAAAUUUUAUCCAAGUUCGAGAAAUUAAAGCUAAACCCAAACAAAGACUAUCUGCCUUCUGACAUUGCAAUUCCAAAACCGCAGUCACCAAUCAAUCCCACAGAAAACCAUACACGGGUUCAAAAGACUAUCAAGGACACUCCUCAUUUAGAAAAACUAUACGAAAAUAAAGACGAUUUCAGAAAACUGAUUGAUAUGGUCAAUGAAACUCCGAAUGACUUGAAUGAGUUUUUAAAGCAGCGUGAAAUUCAACUAAGACAGCAGAAAGAGCAGGAAGAGGAAUCUUCUAAAUCUGAUGAUGAAGCUUCUUAUGUCCCAUCACCGUCUCUCUCGGCAACGACUACUACGCCAACGACUACAGACCCGCCCUCUCCACCAGUUUUAUCCUCCUCUUUGCAAAGAAAAUUGCUACGUAAGAGGAAGUUGGGUUUAAAUAGCACUGCUCCCAUUGAAGAUUUACCUCUAAGAGAAAGGUUGAGAGCACAUCCCACUGACAAAAAACCAAGAAAAGUGGCCCUUUUAACUAAUGAACUUGAAGGCCCUGCUACUGUAGCAAAGUCUUCUUCCUAUUACAAUUUAAGGUCGAAAUCAAGGCUCCGUGGGUCUCAUACAUAG